AUGAAUCACAGCAUGAAGCAGAAACAAGAAGUAAUCCAAGAGAAUAUAAACAGUAGUCCUAUUCCAAGAAGAAGUCUAAAGAUGAUUCAGCCUUUUAAGGCUGGAUCUCUAGUUGGAAGAGAAAAUGAGUUGGUUAAAGGCUUGUCCAAGUGGAAACAUUGGAAUGACCAGUUAAUAUCAAAGACUUCCAGCUCUGGAGUUGUUACUGACCCAGAACAUAGUGAAAAUAAAAAUCUUGGAGGAGUCACCCAAGAAGCAUCUGAUCUUAUGAUUACAGAAAAUCCAUCCUCUCAAUAUUGGAAAGAAGUGGCAGAAAAACAAGUGCUCUAUGAAGCACUUAAGGAAAAUGAGAAACUUCAUAAAGAAAUUGAACAAAAGGAUAAUGAAAUUGCCUGCCUGAAGAAGGAGAAUAAAGAAUUGGCAAAAGGAGCAGAACAUGUAUAG